GUUUCAUUGCGUUUCCUCAUCCCCUUCUGGGGAUUUCACUUUUUUUGUCAGAUAGUGUAGUUGAUUGUCAUAGAAGUAUAGAGCAGAAUGCUGGUGUAAUCGAGCAGCAUAACAAUUACCAAUUCUAUCUCCCGACACGUUAGUGAACAAUACAUUUACGUCAAAGAGUCCGCCUAGUUCUAGUUCUAGUCGGUCAAGUGAAGUUCUUGGUCUACAUUAACUUACAGAAUUCUGAAGAUUUCAGCUGCCUCAACGUGUUUCGACACAGUGGAAAGAGGACAUCGGAAGUUAUAAAAGAGAAAACAAUCAGUCGUUGCUACUGGUUGCUGCACCCUUUGCCACUUGAAAUGAAUACACCCGCUGGGCACAUCUGCUUCCACAUGGAAACAAACCUGACGUAACUCGAGACAAGGUCGGCGCGGUGAAUCCCAGACGGUCACGAGGACAUACUGCGUUAGAGUCUGUGGCGUCAUCGGGGAUCCUUCCCGGAUGUCAUCCAUUAUCGAUAAAAGCUCGGCCGUCCAUCGUUAGGCUCAGAAGCCGUUUACACCCAUCGACAUGAAGUUUCUUCUGAGGACGCUGUUUGUGGUUCUGUGUAGCCUGCUCUUCACUCUUGCUGGUGCCGCUCCCGGAGUUAUCAGCGACAGCAGUGAUGGACGAAGAACCCCCUGUAACAUAGGACUUCCGUGCAGUGAUUCCAGAUACACAACGCAUGAACCAGAGAUUAUAACACUUGCCGACUGCAGUAAAGGUCCAUGCUGAAGGGUGCUCACAUCUCCGCCUGUACCCAGUGUGUAUAAAAGGAGAGCUCUCUGGCAGUGUAGCGGUGUAUGUGACACUGGGGACCUUAGGUGGUUGACGAGCAGCGAAGAUCUGAGGCGUUUUGAAGAUGCGGCCAGAGGGACGGUGCCUCUUUGCGGUGGCAUUAGUUACGCUGCUGAUCGCCACUUCUGAUGCAGUGCCCGUACCUGAAGAAGCCUCUGAGUUGGGAGAUCAGCGGGCUUUGCCCUCCGUCCCACGACAAACGUCACCAUUGAUGGCUGCAAUGGCGCCUCCUCUCCCAGAUACACCAGGUGAUGCAGGCGACGUGAGCCGCGACAAGAGGACACUUUUUAAGAAGCGCCCCUUCUCUUCCGGCUCAUGUGGUGGAGGCUGCUGCGGAGGCUGCAGCGUGUGUGGAGGCUGUGGAGGCGGCGGGGGCGGCCACUCCUACAGUUCAUCGGGCUCUUACAGCUACUCGCGCUCUUACGGCUAUGGUCGACGAUAACGCUAUGGACGUCCAGCAUCAACUACGCUCCACGAGUUAAGUGGGAGACCACGCUUACCUACGAAUUCCGCAUAGGUUUUGACAAUAGUUGUGUAUAAAUAUUUCUGUUUUAAACUAAAUACAUUUGUUUUGUAUAAAAA